AGGCGCUCCGGGGGCUCCGCGCUGUCAUGGCGGCAGCGAGCGGCAGCGCCGGCAGGAAGGAGAUGGGGCUGAGCGGCGCCGCGCUCUGAGGGGCGGCAGCAGCGGCGGCGGCGGCUGGAACUUGAGGCGGCUUUGGGCGGGCGGAGCGGCGGCCGGCGCAGCGCAGCCCAGCCCGGAGCCGGGCAGCGCAGCCGCCUCCCGGCCCCGCAGCCGGGCAGCCCGCGCCCCCUCCGCAGCCCGCGGGCUGCCAACACCUGCCCGAGGGCAGCGCUCCCACAGACGCCUCCUGCCGAGGGCACAGCCGCGGUUCCGAGGGCGCGUCCUCCCCGCCCGCCUGACGCCCUCCCCCGCCGGACGCCGCUUUCCUCGGGAGCCGGAGCCCACGGGAAGGAAGCCGAGGGCCGCCGCUCACCUUCCCGGCGGAGGAGCGGGGCUUCCCGGAGCGGCCAGCGUGCCGAGCUGGCGCUGGAAGCCGUAGCCUGCGGUGAACUGGCCAUGGCGAGUGAAGGCAAACAAGUUGUUCAGCCAACAGGUGAUGAUGGAGGAGGAGGAGCGGGAAGAGAAGGAAAUGCUGCUGAAGGGGGAAGUGUGCUGCAGCCUUUGAAUCCAGGAGUCCCCAUCCGAGGCAUCAAGAUGAAAUUCGCCGUGCUGACAGGACUGGUGGAAGUUGGUGAGGUGUCCAACAGAGACAUAGUUGACACAGUGUUUAACCUGCUCGUCGGGGGCCAGUUUGACUUGGAAAUGAACUUCAUCAUCCAAGAAGGGGAGGGCAUCACGUGCAUGGUGGAGCUGCUGGACAAGUGUGAGCUCACGUGCCAGGCCGAGGUGUGGAGCAUCUUCACAGCCAUCCUCAAGAAAAGCAUCCGCAACCUGCAGGCCUGCACCGAGGUGGGGCUGGUGGAACAAGUGCUCAGGAGGAUCCACAGGGCUGACAGCAUGAUUGCAGAUCUCUUGGUGGACAUGCUGGGGGUGUUGGCCAGCUAUAACCUGACAGUUCGGGAGCUGAAGUUAUUCUUCAGCAAGCUGCAAGGAGAAAAAGGGAGAUGGCCCCCACAUGCUGGGAAGUUGCUGUCUGUGUUAAAACACAUGCCUCAGAAAUAUGGACCUGAUGCCUUCUUCAACUUCCCAGGAAAAAGUGCUGCAGCUAUUGCCUUACCUCCUAUAGCCAAGUGGCCGUACCAGAAUGGAUUUACUUUCCACACUUGGCUAAGAAUGGAUCCUGUAAAUAAUAUUAAUGUGGAUAAGGAUAAGCCUUAUUUAUAUUGUUUUCGAACUAACAAAGGACUUGGUUAUUCUGCUCACUUUGUUGGAGGCUGCUUGAUUGUAACAUCCAUAAAAUCCAAGGGAAAAGGUUUCCAGCACUGUGUAAAAUUUGAUUUCAAGCCACAAAAGUGGUACAUGGUGACUAUAGUGCACAUCUACAACCGCUGGAAGAACAGCGAGCUGCGGUGUUACGUCAACGGGGAGCUGGCGUCGUACGGGGAGAUCACCUGGCUUGUCAACACCAGUGAUACAUUUGACAAAUGUUUCCUGGGCUCUUCAGAAACAGCAGAUGCCAAUCGAGUGUUCUGUGGGCAGAUGACAUCUGUUUACCUCUUUAGUGAGGCUCUCAAUGCUGCUCAGAUCUUUGCCAUUUAUCAGCUUGGCCUGGGAUAUAAGGGAACGUUCAAGUUCAAGGCAGAGAGUGAUCUCUUCCUGGAUGAACAUCACAAAUUGUUGCUGUAUGAUGGCAAACUCUCCAGUGCUAUUGCAUUUAUGUACAAUCCAAGGGCUACAGAUGCACAGCUGUGUCUAGAGUCAUCCCCUAAGGAUAACCCUUCUAUUUUUGUUCAUUCACCACACGCCCUCAUGCUGCAGGAUGUGAAAGCAGUGUUGACACACUCCAUCCAAAGUGCCCUGCACUCCAUUGGAGGAGUGCAGGUGCUUUUCCCUCUCUUUGCACAGUUGGAUUACAGGCAAUAUUCCUCAGACCACAUUGACACAACUGUUUGUUCUACUUUACUGGCAUUCAUCAUGGAGUUGUUGAAGAACUCUAUUGCUAUGCAAGAACAGAUGCUUUCCUGUAAAGGCUUCCUUGUGAUAGGACACAGCCUAGAAAAGUCUUCCAAAGCCCACGUCACCAGAGCUGUGCUGGAACUUUGCCUUGCCUUCUCCAAAUACCUGAGCAAUUUACACAACGGGGUGCCCCUGCUGAAGCAGCUGUGUGAUCACGUUCUCCUGAACCCUGCCAUAUGGAUUCAUAUCCCAGCACAGGUGCAGCUGACCCUGUACACUUACCUGUCCACCGAGUUCAUUGCCACUGUGAACAUUUAUGGAGCAAUCCGACGUGUUGGGACAGUUCUGCUGGUCAUGCACACCCUCAAAUAUUAUUACUGGGUGGUGAACCCUCAGGAUCGCAGUGGGAUAACCCCCAAGGGCAUAGAUGGUCCACGGCCUACUCAGAAGGAGAUUUUGUCCCUGCGAGCGUUUUUGUUGAUGUUCAUUAAGCAGCUAGUGAUGAAGGACUAUGGAAUAAAAGAAGAUGAAUUGCAGGCUAUCCUCAAUUACCUGCUCACUAUCCACGAGGAUGACAAUCUGAUGGAUGUCCUGCAGUUGCUGGUUGCUCUGAUGUCAGAGCAUCCUGGAUCUAUGAUCCCUGCAUUUGACCAGAGGAAUGGAUUACAAGUUGUCUACAAGCUUUUAGCAUCACAGAGUGAAGGCAUCAGGGUGCAAGCUCUGAAAGUGAUGGGCUAUUUCUUAAAGCACCUUGCUCCAAAGAGAAAAGCUGAAGUCAUGCUUGGCCACGGAUUGUUCUCUUUGUUGGCUGAAAGGCUGAUGCUUCAGACAGGCUUAUUCACCAUGACCACAUACAAUGUCCUGUUUGAGAUUCUGACUGAACAGAUUUGCACUCAAGUAAUCCACAAACAGCAUCCUGACCCAGAUUCAACAGUGAAGAUACAAAAUCCUCAGAUUUUGAAGGUUAUUGCAGUCCUGAUCCGGAAUUCUCCACAGUGCCCAGAAACUCUGGAGGUCCGGCGAGCUUUCCUCUCGGAUAUGAUUAAACUCUUUAAUAACAGCAGAGAAAACAGGAGGAGUUUGUUGCAGUGCUCUGUGUGGCAGGAGUGGAUGCUGUCCCUUUGUUGCUUUAACCCAAAGACCUCAGAGGAGCAGAAGAUAACUGAGAUGGUUUACACCAUAUUUCGGAUUUUGCUGUACCAUGCAAUAAAAUACGAGUGGGGUGGCUGGCGUGUGUGGGUGGAUACGCUGUCAAUCACACACUCAAAGGUAACUUUUGAGAUGCACAAAGAGAGUCUUUCCCAAAUGUACAAGGAGUACCAAGGGAAGGGAGGUGAAGGGAGUGGAGCACAUUCUUCAACUCCAAUCAGAACAAUCUCUGGGAUUAGCAGGGAAGCUGAAACCAAGGGAAAACAACAGUCUUUGGAGUUAAAAGAAAAUACUGCUUCUCCUUCUUGCAUUACUGAUGGUGAUACAGAGAGAACAGAAAAAAAAGAGAAAGAAAACUCAUCAGAUUGUGGCCAACAAACUCCUUCAGUGUCUGAUCACAAGGAGGAAUUAGAGGGGGAGGAUAUGGGUGCUACACAGGAUUUGAAAGCUCUGCCUGGUGUGGAAUUCCCUCCAGAAGCAGAACCAGGGAAGCCCAGCGUGUCAGAAAUCAGCAGUGGGAUAGCUGAAGCUAUUGAAGAUUCUGGCAAAGCUGUUGAGCUUGUGGAGGAAACAGUUGCUGUCACUGCUGCUUCUUUAGCCAUGCAAACUCCCGUGGAAGGAGAAAGUCCCACGAGUCCAGAAAGGCUGGAAAAAUCAGCAUUAGAGGUGGAAGAUGAAGAUGAUUUUGUGGAUUUGAAAGAUGAAAGCAGUUUGGCUUUACCUUCAGAAGAGCUUGCAGAAAGGAACAAGGAGUGUGGCUCUGAUGACAGCAAAGUGACAAAGCAGGAGGAAACAACAGAGGAGCAACAACCUGAAACUGGGAUUUCACCAUCUGAGGGUGCUGGAGGUGUGGAUGAGAAGGAACAAAAAGUGACUUUGCCAGAGACAGUGAGUUCUGCCGUUCCAGAAGCAGCAACUCAGCAGGAUUCAGCAGGGAAAAAGAAGCUGAAGGAAGGAAAUGUAGUUACCAGUGAAACCAAAACAACUGUGGAAAAUGCAAAUGUGCACGUGGCAGAGCCUGCUGGAGCCCCUGACAAAAGAAUUGCCAAGCUCGACGUUUCCAGUGUUGCAUCAGACACAGAAAGGCUGGAGCUGAAAUCUAACACGUGUCUGGAAGCACCUCUGCCCCCCAGAUCCAUGUCUGAGCCCUCGAGGCUGCAGGUGUCCCCAGGGCAGGAGGUGGCUGUCCCCUCGGAGGGGCAGAGGAGGGACGCCAGGCCGGCCGUGUUCCGCAUCCCCGAGUUCCGCUGGUCGCCCAUGCACCAGCGCCUGCUCACGGACCUGCUCUUCUCCAUAGAGACAGACAUCCAGAUGUGGAGAAGCCACUCUACCAAGACUGUGAUGGACUUUGUGAACAGCAGUGACAACGUGGUGUUUGUGCACAACACCGUCCACCUCAUCUCCCAAGUGAUGGACAACAUGAUCAUGGCCUGUGGUGGCAUCUUGCCCUUGCUUUCUGCUGCCACAUCUGCCACUCACGAAUUGGAGAAUAUUGAGCCAACUCAAGGACUUUCAGUAGAAGCAUCUUUAACAUUUCUCCAGAGAUUAAUCAACCUUGUGGAUGUGCUAAUUUUUGCAAGCUCUCUUGGUUUCACUGAAAUUGAGUCUGAGAAAAAUAUGUCAUCUGGAGGAAUUCUGCGACAAUGUCUUCGUCUGGUAUGUGCAGUGGCAGUAAGAAAUUGCUUGGAGUGCCAGCAGCAUGCACAGAUGAAGCCUGUUGGAGAUGCUGGGAAGAACCAAAAAGCAGUGCAGGGUCUCACAGGAGCAGCAAAAUCUGCAGCAAAGAGUCCAGUGGAUAUUGUGCUUGGUGGCAUUUCCCCAGUCCGGGACCACGACAGACUUCUGCAGGAUAUGGACAUCAAUCGCCUCCGAGCAGUUGUGUUCAGAGAUAUUGAGGAUAGUAAACAGGCUCAGUUUUUGGCUUUGGCCGUUGUAUAUUUUAUUUCUGUGCUCAUGGUUUCGAAAUACAGAGAUAUACUGGAACCCCAGAACGAAAGACGACCACCAAACCAAAGCCAGUCACUGAAGGAAUCAGAAAAUGAAAAUAAUGAGACUCCUGCUGCAGUGGUGCAAAACCCACCUGCAGCCUCUACUGAAGAUUCAGCAGGUGCAGCCUCUCUGCAGAGGAGGGAUUCUGGUCUUGGGGAGGAGGCAGCUCCAGCACACACCAACAAUUCGGGUGCUGAAGCAGCACCCCAGGGUGUCAGCGCAGGCCCAGACGCAGUCAGUGAAGUGCUGUGCACGCUCUCAUCAGAGGUCACCAAAUCUCAGGAGGGUCCAGGUGAGGCAGGAGGUGAAGAGAAUAAACCUGUGGCCUCUGUGGCAGCUGCCAAAAACGUCAACGUGAAGGACAUCCUGAGGAGCCUGGUGAGCACUCCAGCUGAUGGCACUGCCGUGGAUGCUGCUCUGCUGCCCCCAGCCUUCCUUGGAGUCCUUGGAGAUGGAGCUGCUGAGCAGCCUGUGCAGUUCCAUUCCUUUGACAGGAGUGUUGUUGUACCAACGAAGAAAUCCAACAUUUCCCCCUGCACAGCUGCUCCUGCAAACGCUGUCAGUGUGGUUUCCUCUGCAGAUUCAGCCCAGCCCUCAGAUCUGUCAGGAGAAUCUCCUGGAAGGGGAUCAUCUAAUUCCAAAUUGCCAUCUGUUCCUGCAGUUUCUUCAGUGCCUGAGGAUUCUGCCUCCAAUAUGAGUAUUACAGACAGGCUUGAGCAUGCUUUGGAAAAAGCUGCCCCACUUCUCAGAGAGAUUUUUGUGGAUUUUGCUCCCUUUCUUUCUCGGACUCUUCUGGGCAGCCACGGGCAGGAGCUGCUGAUAGAAGGUACAAGUCUUGUGUGCAUGAAAUCCAGCAGUUCAGUUGUGGAGCUGGUGAUGCUCCUGUGCUCCCAGGAGUGGCAAAAUUCUAUCCAGAAGAAUGCUGGCCUGGCCUUUAUUGAGCUUGUCAAUGAAGGAAGGUUGCUGAGUCAAACCAUGAAGGAGCACCUGGUUCGAGUGGCCAACGAGGCAGAGUUUAUCCUGAGCAGGCAGAGGGCAGAGGACAUCAACCGCCACGCUGAGUUCGAGUCCCUGUGUGCCCAGUACUCGGCAGACAAACGGGAAGAGGAGAAAAUGUGUCACCACCUGAUCACGGCCGCCAAGUACCGCGACCAGGUGACAGCAACACAACUGGUACAGAAAAUUAUCAACAUCCUCACUGACAAGCACGGGGCCUGGGGCAGCUCUGCACCCAGUCGUCCUCGUGAGUUCUGGCGCCUCGACUACUGGGAGGACGACCUGCGGCGCCGGCGACGCUUCGUGCGCAACCCCCUCGGAUCGACGCAUCCCGAAGCCACGCUCAGGGCAGCCGGAGAGCAUGCUCCCGAUGAGGAUAUACUUGUCAAAGGAAAGCAGUCCAUCAAGAGUCAAGUUUUAGGAAACCAGAACUCGGAAAGCGAGAUUCUCUUGGAAGGUGAUGAUGAUAUCAUGUCAUUCAUGGAGGAAAGAGAAGUGGAGAACCUGACAGGUCCGGUGUCCCUCAGCACACCAGCUCAGCUUGUGGCACCCUCUGUGGUGGUGAAAGGCACCCUCUCCAUCACUCUUUCUGAGCUCUACUUCGAGGUGGAUGAAGAAGAUCCCAGUUUUAAGAAAAUCGACCCAAAGAUCCUGGCGUACACAGAGGGGCUCCAUGGGAAGUGGCUCUUCUCAGAGAUCCGAGCUAUCUUUUCCCGACGUUACCUCCUGCAGAACACGGCUCUGGAGAUAUUCAUGGCCAACAGAGUGGGUGUCAUGUUCAACUUCCCUGACCAAGCAACAGUGAAGAAAGUGGUGAACUGUCUGCCCCGGGUUGGGAUUGGGACCAUCUUUGGGCUACCCCAGACCAGACGUAUUUCUUUGGCUAGUCCACGACAGAUCUUCAAAGCUUCCAACAUGACCCAGCGGUGGCAACACCGAGAGAUUUCCAACUUUGAGUACUUGAUGUUUCUAAACACCAUAGCAGGUCGAACUUACAAUGAUUUGAAUCAGUACCCUGUGUUCCCUUGGGUUAUCACCAACUACGAGUCAGAGGAGUUGGACCUUACACUUCCUAGCAACUUCAGGGAUCUCUCAAAGCCCAUUGGAGCUCUGAACCCAAAGAGAGCAGCGUUCUUUGCCGAGAGAUACGAAUCGUGGGAGGACGAGCAGGUCCCCAAAUUUCACUACGGCACUCAUUAUUCAACAGCAAGCUUUGCACUCACGUGGCUGCUGAGGAUUGAACCCUUCACAACCCUUUUCCUGAAUCUGCAAGGUGGGAAGUUCGAUCAUGCAGACAGGACUUUCUCAUCUAUUUCGAGGGCGUGGCGCAACAGCCAGCGUGACACUUCUGACAUCAAGGAAUUGAUUCCUGAAUUUUAUUACCUCCCAGAGAUAUUUGUCAACAGCAACAAUUACAACCUGGGAGUGAUGGAUGAUGGGACAGUGGUGUCUGAUGUUGAACUUCCACCGUGGGCCAAAACCCCAGAAGAAUUUGUUCGUAUAAACAGGCUGGCAUUAGAAAGUGAAUUUGUUUCCUGCCAGCUUCACCAGUGGAUCGAUCUCAUUUUUGGCUACAAACAACAAGGCCCAGAGGCUGUUAGAUCCCUGAAUGUCUUCUACUAUUUGACUUAUGAAGGAGCUGUUAAUUUAAGUUCAAUAACGGAUUCUGUACUGAGAGAGGCUGUGGAGGCUCAAAUCCGAAGUUUUGGACAGACCCCUUCCCAACUGCUCAUAGAGCCACACCCUCCAAGAAGUUCUGCCAUGCAGGUGUAUCUCCUCCUGCAGAGCCCCUUGAUGUUCACAGAGCAGGCGCAGCAGGACGUGAUCAUGGUGCUCAAAUUCCCGUCCAACUCGCCGGUGGCUCACGUGGCCGCCAACACCCAGCCCGGCCUGGCCACCCCCGCCGUCAUCACGGUCACUGCCAACAGGCUCUUUGCUGUCAACAAGUGGCACAGCCUCCCUGCUCAUCAAGGUGCUGUACAAGACCAGCCUUACCAGCUGCCAGUGGAAAUCGAUCCUCUCAUAGCCAGCAAUACAGGGAUGCACAGGAGGCAGAUCACAGACCUGUUAGACCAAAGCAUUCAGGUGCACUCCCAGUGUUUUGUCAUCACCUCUGACAAUCGUCACAUCUUGGUCUGUGGCUUCUGGGACAAGAGCUUCCGUGUUUACUCUACUGACUCAGGUAAACUGGUGCAGGUGGUGUUUGGGCACUGGGAUGUUGUGACGUGCCUGGCCCGUUCCGAGUCCUACAUCGGAGGGAAUUGUUACAUCCUCUCAGGAUCCCGGGAUGCAACCUUGCUGCUCUGGUACUGGAAUGGCAAAACCAGCAUCAUCGGGGAUAACCCCAGAGGUGAUUUUGCAACUCCCCGAGCUGUUCUGACAGGACACGACUAUGAGAUCACCUGUGCUGCCAUCUGUGCUGAGCUUGGCCUGGUGAUCAGUGGUUCAAAAGAAGGACCAUGCCUCAUCCAUUCUAUGAAUGGAGAUCUACUGAGGACGUUAGAAGGUCCUGAAAGAUUGCAAGGUCCCGAAAGCUGCCUGAGACCAAAACUAAUCCAAGCUUCCAGAGAAGGCCACUGUGUCAUAUAUUAUGAGAACGGGCUCUUCUGUGUGUUCAGUGUGAACGGGAGGCUGCAGGCCACCAUGGAAACAGAUGACAAAAUAAGGGCCCUUCAGCUGAGCCGGGACGGGCAGUACCUGCUGACGGGCGGGGACCAGGGCGUGGUGGUGGUGUGGCAGGCGUGGGACCUCAAGCGCCUCUUUGCCUACCCGGGCUGCGACGCCGGCAUCAGAUCCAUGGCCCUGUCCUACGACCAAAGGUGCAUCAUGACCGGGAUGGCGUCCGGGAGCAUCGUGGUGUUCUACAACGACUUCAACCGCUGGCACCACGAGUACCAGACCAGGUACUGACCCUGCCCGAGCCAGGCCAGGCUCUGAGCCUGUCCCCGAGCUGGGACAGCACCGAGGAGCAGCCGAGGGCAGCAGGGAGCUGCCCCAGCGCCGCCUCCCUGGGGCCCGAGCAGCUCCUCAGAAAUAACUUCUAGUACGUCUGAAUGUAACUUCAAAUCUGCUGGAAGAAGCAACCUAUUUUUUAAAGCUAAUCGCUAUUUUUGUAGACCUCGCUUUGUUUGACUUUUUUGGGGGAAGGGCAAAGAAGCAGAAAACCAGCUGCUGGGUUCUGUAGUUUAACAAAAAAAAAAAUCUAUAUUUUUAGUCACAAUGAGAAGUCUAUUUUGAUCCCUGUGUGUAAACAAAACCUAAAGUAAAGGUGGUUAAAACUCACGUUCUAGCUAUAUUAUGAAGAAACAGGUGUUUCAUCUGAAGCUUUAUCUAUAACCUUGAGGAAUAUAUGAUUUUAACAUUAAUUAUGGUAUUGGGGGAGUUUUAAUCUCUGCUAUCUGUACCACACUUUGUCUCGUACUUUUCCAAAUGACUGUACUACAUCAGCACUGAAGUUUCUGGGAAUCAAGGGGUAAUAUUUAAAUUAUGGUUCAUGUAAUUUUAAACUUUUAAAUCAUUUCCAUCAGCGUUCCUCUUCAAGCAUGUUUCUAGGCCUAGACAAUUAGUUCUUUUUUAGUUUUAUGUUCCGUGCAGAAAUCGGGAACGGAGUUUUUGUUACAUCAAGUGUGAAUCCUUUUCAGUUCCAACCCGGGCUCUCCUUAAAGCACACCAAAAUGUGGAUUGUUCCUCCAGAUCAGAAAGGCUCAUUUUGAAGGCUUCAGGGGCAGGUGGUUUUUAGCAGUUCCAGAGCACAUUUCUGUGCUUGUCUGUGAGGGCAGGCAGCAGCUGCACAAGGUUUGCAGGCCACUUUUAAUUUCUUUUUCAUCAGAACAUGUCCCUGCAAUUCUGUAGCACACACCAUAUUCCUUCUCUGCCUAUUGCAACAAUGUCUUUUGUAUUUUGCUACCACCAAAUCCAAAUCCUGCCCAGUCAUACUAAAUUACCUCUUUCUUUUAGGAAACGAAAACUAAUUUAUACUAAGGAACAAUAAGUUAUUUUGGUGUUGCACAAAUCUACUUUUCUACAAGAUUGCUGUGCAGAACUCUGUGAAAAUAUUUGUGAAAAGAACUGUUAUUGUUUUGUAAGUCUGUAUUGCAUAAAAAUCUUCUUUGUAUGUUGUGAUCUCUGAGUUGAAAUUUACAUUCCAUAUCUGUAUUGAUACAUACAUUUCUCUAGCUGCCCACUAGAGCAGUUCCUGGUUUUUCUAAGCAUUUAGCUACUCUCUCUUUCAGUAAAGAUUUGGAAUAGAAAAUUCAGUUUGAGUGAAUGAAUUAAAUAAAAUUACAUUUGUAAUUGAGA